AUGCAACACCCCAGAACCCAGACCCACCCUCCAGGAUGCAACACCCCAGAACCCAGACUCACCCUCCAGGAUGCAACACCCCAGAACCCAGACUCACCCCCCAGGAUGCAACACCCCAGAACCCAGACCCACCCUCCAGGAUGCAACACCCCAGAACCCAGACUCACCCUCCAGGAUGCAACACCCCAGAACCCAGACCCACCCUCCAGGAUGCAACACCCCAGAACCCAGACCCACCCUCCAGGAUGCAACACCCCAGAACCCAGACCCACCCCCCAGGAUGCAACACCCCAGAACCCAGACCCACCCUCCAGGAUGCAACACCCCAGAACCCAGACUCACCCUCCAGGAUGCAACACCCCAGAACCCAGACUCACCCUCCAGGAUGCAACACCCCAGAACCCAGACCCACCCUCCAGGAUGCAACACCCCAGAACCCAGACUCACCCCCCAGGAUGCAACACCCAAGAACCCAGACCCACCCUCCAGGAUGCACCACCCCAGAUCCCAGACCCACCCCCCAGGAUGCAACACCCCAGAACCCAGACCCACCCUCCAGGAUGCAACACCCCAGAACCCAGACCCACCCUCCAGGAUGCAACACCCCAGAACCCAGACUCACCCCCCAGGAUGCACCACCCCAGAACCCAGACUCACCCCCCAGGAUGCAACACCCCAGAACCCGGACCCACCCUCCAGGAUGCAACACCCAAGAACCCAGAUCCACCCUCCAGGAUGCACCACCCCAGAUCUCAGACCCACCCCCCAGGAUGCAACACCCCAGAACCUAGACCCACCCUCCAGGAUGCAACACCCCAGAACCCAGACCCACCCUCCAGAUGCAAUGUGUUGUGUUGA